UCUGUAGCUGCAGUGGAGCAGAUGAACAAGUUACACAUCAAAUGCUUGGCGACAGACACUCAGCAAAGGCAAAUGGGGGGAACAGGCUGAUGUUUUCUAGAGAGAGAGCCCCCACAGAAAAUGCUGGACAAAACUCAGCAGGUCUGGUGGCUGCCUGGGUGGAGAGGGAAGCAGAGUUAACGUUUCGAGUCCACUGUGACUCUUCCCCAUCAGAGCCGGAGAGAGGUCGGGAGGCACGUUUUACAGGGGGUCUCCCUUUCAUCAGAAGGUGGACGAUGUGUGAAUCCUCACUGUGGAGCAGGACUGGACAAAGUAGUGACCUUCCAGUCUCCAAGCCUGGCAAAGGGUUUCCGACUGAAAUGUUAACCCCUUCGUUCCUGUUUUUGGAUGCUGGACGUUUAUCUAUAAGGAGGUUAAAGAUGGAGUCCUUUUGGAGUUGGCGGACUCUCUGAGAUGGUUGGCGGGAGCACGCAACUGGAUGCCCUGGCGAAUGUGCGACGACCUGAGCCUCCUCGAUUCCAGCCCGACCAGCCCACCCACUUUCGCACGUUCCGCAACCAGGAGCGGGAGAUUGUCGACCGGACCCUGCGCUUCCUGGAAGAGAGUGGAUUUUACUGGGGGCCGCUCCCUGUGGAUCAGGCUCACGCCAUGCUGACAGCGGAGCCCGUGGGAACUUUCCUCGUUCGGGACAGUACUCAAGCCAACCACUUGUUCAGCCUGAGCGUCCGGGCGGAGAAGGGACCAGUCAGCAUGCGGAUCCUGUUCGAUAAGGAACACUUCUGGUUCAAUAACGCCCACUUUGACUGCAUCGUGAAGCUACUGGAGUACUGUGUGGACAGCACCCAGAUAAAGCCCUUCACGUUUGACUGCGAGGUCUCUGUGGUCUUUUACAAACCCUUGCGGAGAAACCCCAUCCCAAAACUACAGCAGUUAUGCAGAAGGAACAUAAUUAGCCACCAUGGGGUUGAGGGCAUGAGGAAACUUCCCUUAGUGUCCCGUCUACGAAAGUACAUCGAAGAAUUUCCAUUCAAAAUGUAAUUUCCAAGCACAGGGAGCAUUGAGUUUCCAUUUUUGUAGCGUGCCAGCCCUGGAAUUGACCACUGGGUACGCCCGCUCAGCAAGGGGCAUGAGGAGCCUGGGAUGUCAUGGGCACCCUCACCCAUCCCUCUGCCCUGGCGAUGUAACCCGGCUGAGGGGUCAGGGCCUCUGGAGGCGUCAUUGACCAGCCAAGUUUACGGUCAGACAGUGGCACUUGUCACAAUGGGUGUUCAAACCCAGCAAGCUGGCCCUCAGCAGGCAGUCACUGGGCCGGCAAGGAGGCCAGAACAGAAGAAUAUUUUUGGUCAAGAAUUGUGAAGGACAUGUCUCAAAGACAAAUCUCAUUUGCUCGAGCUAGAUUGUGGUUUCAUCCGAAGCCAGCACUGAGAAAUGUUUAGUUAUGCAGGAAAGCAUUACUGUAAUAGAAUCAAUUAUUUUUUAUCAAAUAUUUUUAUUUUAUAUAAAUAUAUAUAUAUAUACAUACACAUAUAUAUUUUAAUACAUAAUUAAAAAAUCAUAAAAAUUGAGCUGAUUGGCUGGAAUGUGGCUAGUGAUGCUCAAAGCCUUGGUACAGAAGGAUUGCCUAGAGGAAAGGAUGGUUAGAAUCAAAAUGACCUAUUGAAUUGGCAGAGGCUCCAUUGGCCUUGCAUUGUGAGUAUUGCAAGUGCCUUUCAGUGACCUGGGGACGGUGAUGGCCAUCUUUUGCUGCUCACACUCCUUGAAGGAUGUCAGGUGUGAAUUAGGCCAGUGUGUUGCCUGUGGCCACAAUUAACCCAGCCGCACUCGUUACCCAGUCCCUGACGUGAAGGGCGGUGAACUGGAGAAGGAAGUGUAACUCCCUACACUCUUUACCCUGCACCCCCCCCCCCACCCUCCUCCCCCACCACCACCACCCCAGCGUGAAACUGUGCCUUUGAAAACGCGAGGAGCAAGUCGCGGUACAAGCGUAAAGCGUUGUUCAGUUGGUACUGAUUCCAUUAUUCAGAAUGGACCAUCCAAUGACCUCGCAGCUGUUAAGGUGAAAAUGUAUCAAUCCAAUCAGACUGUCAUUCAACCAUUUUACAAUCUCUUCGAUUGGAUUCCAGUGUGAAACUCACUCCAGAAGCCUUGCCUGGUUCUAAUGUCUUGGUCCUGAGGUCAUGUCAGUCCCAAUUAUGACAUCAGCAAAAUAUGAUUACUAAAUUCUCCUUCCUCCACUGAUGGUGGCGAGCUCACUUAAAGUCAAUCAGCUUUUGGUACUUAAAUUUUUAUUUUGAAAAUAUUUCUUAAUAAAGAAAGUAAAUAGUUUUGUUAAAAAAAAGUUUUUUUAAUGAUUUAUUUUUUGUCAGGGUUAUUAAUGGGAAUGAUACUUCCAACCACAGUGAAAGACGUCCAUGUCUAAUAACAGUAUAUAGCCUCUGACAGCCUUUAUCAUACCAUGAUGCAGGGCGCAUGUCAUGUCAAAUGACCAUUGGAAUACUCCACUGUUUACCGUGGAUGUCAGAGUUGCUAGCUUAUCCCACUUCCGCAACCAGGUAGCAGGAAGGGUGAAUGUUGGCGACCAAUGUCUACUGGUUGAGGAGUCACUAGUAACCUUAGUGACUGGUCACUUCCACGACCCACAACGCAGGACCAAGUUGGACAAAUCGGGACUCCUACUUCAAUAGUCAAGACCCUUUACACUCCUGGGGCAGACACGAGGCCUCUGCUUUGCUACUGAGCAAGUGACAACCCUAGGAGAGAAAGACUGACUGGCACCCAUAGGCGAUGGGGAAGCCUCAAGGGCAACUAAGGAUGAACAAGCAAUGCUGGCCUCACCAGCGAUGCUCUCAUUCCCCACAUAAUAAAAAAGAAAAGACUGUGGGAGUUCUCUCUAACGUGCACUUUGACACUGUAGAAAUCCGUAUCCCAGUUCCCAAGAAAUUGUCAUUGUUGCAACUUGGUUAAUAAGUUUAUGCAUUUUAAGGGCAGUGUCUGGCUUACAUGGUGGUUCCCUCCCCCUCUCUCUUUUGUUGACACUCCGAGGUGGAUUGACUAUCUCCAGACAACAAAGUUGGGCAUCUUCAGAAUGGAUCAGAUACAAUACAAAGGUCUGAUAUCCAAUAAUGCGGGUUGUGGAAGAAUGCCCUCCACUAUUUUCUUAUUACCUCUUCAUUAUCCAUGAUUUGCACCCAUGCAGUCAUUCUGAAUCAAUGUCUAUAAAGCAUAACUACAAACUGGUUUGCGCCAAAGUCUAGAUCAGCCAUAGAGUGCAAGACUCCAUGUCGCUUGGGCCCCAUAAUGGGUAUCAAAGAGCCAGCAAGAAAAUGUAUUCACCCCCUCGGUGUCCAUAGGGAUAAUUCUCAAAAUUGUUCACUUUGCUUUCCCUCCCACCAUUCAACUAGAAUGAUGCAUUGGUAUUGUUCGCAGCCUUGAAGGCUAAGGAGUAGUGAAAUUUGAUGUUGGGUGAAGCCCCCCCCCAACCGAGUGCAUUCCUGAAUAUGAAGGAUCAAAGCCUUGGGCUUGACCUGUGUUAAAUUAAGUAACCUCAAUCAGGGGUUGAAGUGCUAGAAUUGACCUUGGUAACACUCAGCUAGUUGAGGAGGGGAAUCAGAAGGGUUCUGGUCCUGUUUGCUGUCCAGUGAUAUUUGUUCACGGGAUGUGGGCAUUGCUGGCUAGGCUCAUCCCUAAUUGCCCUUGAGAAGAUGGUGGUGAGCUGCCUUCUUGAAUCACUGCAGUCCAUGUGGGGUAGGUACACCCAUAGUGCUGUUAUGGAGGGAGUUCCAGGACUCUGACCCAGCGACAGUGAAGGAACGGCGAUAUAUUUCCAAGUCAGGAUGGUGAAUGGCUUGGAGGGGGACUUGCAGGUGGUGGUGUUCCCAUGUGUCUGCAUGGAGGUCACUUUGUUUGGUACAACUUGGAGUGGUAUGCUGGGCCAUUUGGCAAGUCAACCACAUUGCUGUGGGCCUGGAGUCACAUGUUUAGGCAGGACCAGGUAAGGAUGGCAGAUUUCCUUCUCUAAGAUCAGAUGGGUUCUUAUGACAGUCAACAAUGGUUUCAUGUCACCAUUACUGAGACUAGCUUUUAAUUCCAGAUUUUAUUAAUUGAAUUUAAAUUCCACCGGCUGCUGUGGUGGGAUUUGAACUCAUGGCCCCAGAGUAUCAGCCUGGGUCUCUGGAUUACCACCAUGACACCGACUUCCUUCUAGUGUAAGUGGGUAAGAAAUAGGUAGGAGGCAAAGGAUAGGUCUUGGCUUUGGUUUUAGUUGACCAACUUGCCAGUGCUGCUUGCUAGUACUUUGCUGGAAGGAGGUGAGAGGUGGGAAUACCAUACAGCUGUGGAGAACUAAGAAAGAAUUGUUGAAAUUUAUUGAAUGACAGAGCUGGGACUGAAUGACGCUAAAAUAGCAAGAAUCUUACAGCCAUUCAGCCCAUUGUGUCCCUGCCAACCUUCAGAGUGAGCUACCCGUCUUCCUGCCCUCCCUCCAAACUUGUUAACUUUCUUUCUUCUGCAACUGCUUAUCCAGCUCCACUUUAAAAACUGUUAUGGAUUCUGCUUCCCGCCAAUAUUCCUGAUCAGGCAUUCCACAACCAACUGUGUGGAAAUCAAAUUUCCGCUAAGCCCUCACUUCACCCUUUUAAUGAAGAACUAGACUGAAACUGAUGCCCUCUAGUUACUGACUCACUGACGCAUUGGUACCCAAAUUACCUGAACAAAACUGCUGAUCAUUUUGAACUGUCCUAGAGAUUAUGCAUGUUUCGUGAAUGAGAGCAAAUCAAUUCUCCAUUCCCACCGAAGCCAUAGUUGGAGUCAAACUGCAGAGUUGCUUGACAAAUUCCAGAAAGGACACUAAGGAUCCCACGUAAACCAGACACUGCCAUUCCAAAGAAAAAUAAUUAACCAAUCAGCUGGUUUGUUUGACGCACACUUGUAACUCAUUAUGAACUAAAUUUCCAUUUGCACCAAGUGCAACUUAGCUGCUCAGUUUCACUGUAUCGUUCUGCACAUGUACAGAAUAUUUAUUGUGAACAAAAUAAAGGUAUUUGUAUGAA